UGGUGUUUCUCCUAUUGUUGCUGCCGCUCCAUUGCUCUCCAUCACAAUUAUGACUGCAAUUAAAGAUGCUUUUGAAGACUGGAAACGUCACUCCCAAGAUAAUACACUUAACAAAUCAAGAACAACCAAAUUAUCCAAUUGGCGUAAUGUUAAUGUACCUGGAAGUGAUCGUAAACGGUUUAAAUUUUUACGUAGUAUAUUGAAUGGUUUACAGAAAAAUAAAAUUCAUGAAAAUAAUAAUAAGAAUUAUGCAAGUCAAAUGGAAAUAUCAUCAAUUUAUGGUGCAAAAUGGAUAGAUAGUCGUUGGCAAGAUGUUAGAGUUG